AUGACGAUGUUCUACGUUCUAUACUACGGUCUGUUUCUGGUGUGCGCGGGGAUCACCCUAGCGUAUUUUGUGCGCCUUUGCACGGUGUCGUCCGAAGCGGCGGGGGAGGCUGAGGAGGAGAAGAGUAACGAAAGAGGGUUGACGGCGGAGGAGCUUGAGAAGUUGGAGGAAGGGAAGAUGGCUGUGGGAGGCGGGGGAGAGUGCGCGGUGUGCCUGGAGGAGAUGGCGGAAGGUUCGGCGGUGCGGGUGUUGCCGGGUUGCCGCCACGCCUUCCACCGCCACUGCGCCGACGCCUGGCUCCAACUCCACCCCGCCUGCCCCCUCUCAUUGGUUCCUGUGUUUGAUUUAGUUGGUGGUAUACAGCAUUUAGAUAGUUUUUAUUCAGCUAAAAGGAUUGAAUUGUUUGUGGAAGGGUUGUAA